AUCAGCGUGAACAGCCCGGGUUCCUGUGCAGCAGACCCACGUGAGGAGGAGACAGCAUGGACUACAGCACGAAGUGGAGCAGUUUACCCGCUGCGCCCAGCCUCAAACCUCUCACACAGCCCGGCUACGGGCUCCCGAAGGAGCAGCAGCAGGCGGCCGUGCAGGAUCUGGUCAAAGCGCACAUCGACUCCUUCGACCAGGCGCUCAGUGAUGGACUGGCCCAAGUGGUUCAGGCAAUUCCUCCUAUGGAGUUCAUGCACAAGGGGGACAGGAUCAGCCUGGCGUUUGUGGAGGCCACCGUGCACAAUCCUACUGUAGCCAAAGGAGGGAUCUGUAAGGAUCUUCGUGUCUUUCCUGCAGAAUGUAGAGGAAGGAGGUGUACAUACAGAGGCAAACUGGUGGCAGACGUCAGCUGGUCAGUGAAUGGAGUCCCUAAAGGAAUUAUAAAGCAGUCUUUGGGCCAGGUGCCCAUCAUGGUGAAGUCUAAGCUAUGCAACCUCCAUGGCCUCUCCCCAAAAGAGCUUAUCGAGCAUCAUGAAGAGGCAGAGGAAAUGGGAGGCUAUUUUAUAGUGAAUGGUAUUGAGAAAGUAAUCCGAAUGCUCAUCAUGCCAAGGAGAAACUUUCCCAUUGCUUUGUCAAGACCCAAGUUUAAAAGCAGAGGGCAGGGAUACACGCAAUACGGUAUUGCAGUGCACUGUGUGAAGGAUGAGCACACAGCCAUUAACAUGAACCUUCACUACCUGGACAAUGGAACGAUCAUGCUUAACUUCAUUUAUCACAAAGAGCUCUUCUUCCUUCCGCUUGGUUUUGCUCUUAAGGCCCUGGUGGACUUUUCAGACUACCAGAUCUAUCAGGAGUUGAUAAAAGGCAAAGAGGAGAACUCCUUCUAUAAGAGCUGUGUGUCUGAGAUGCUGCGCUUGGUGAUGGAAGAGGGCUGCACCACCCGAGCGAAGGUGCUGAACUAUCUGGGCGAGCGUUUCCGGGUCAAACUCCACUUGCCAGAGUGGUACACGAACGAGCAGUGUGCUAAAUUCCUUCUAGACGAGUGUCUGUGUAUUCACCUGAAGUCAGACAGUGAGAAGUUCUACAAUCUUUGUCUAAUGACGCGGAAGCUGUUUGCCUUUGCAAAGCAGGAGUGUCAGGAGGAGAACCCGGACAGUCUGAUGUGUCAGGAGGUUCUUACACCUGGACAGCUCUUCCUCAUGUUCCUGAAGGAAAAAAUGACUGGCUGGCUGGUGUCUGUGAAGCUUGCUUUAGAUAAAAGGAGCCAAAGAGUUGCAGGAAUCACUGCAGAAAACCUGACCAGGAUCUUCAACCUGGGCACAGACAUCACCAGAGCCUUUGAGUACAUGCUGGCUACAGGCAAUAUCAUUUCCAAGACAGGUUUGGGAAUGCUUCAGGACAGUGGUCUGUGUGUGGUGGCUGACAAGCUGAAUUUCAUUCGCUAUUUGUCUCACUUCCGCUGUGUGCACAGAGGAGCAGCCUUCGCUAAGAUGAGAACUACAACAGUGCGAAAGCUGCUACCGGAGUCCUGGGGCUUCCUCUGCCCUGUGCACACUCCUGAUGGAACGCCAUGCGGCUUGAUGAACCAUAUGACCACCCACUGUGAGAUUGUGGCCCCAACUUCCUCCACCAGCACUCUGCCUGCCCUGCUCUGCUCUCUGGGUGUGACUCCAGUGGAGAGCACUCCCAGUCAGCCCUACUCCUGCUGCUAUCCUGUGGUACUGGAUGGGGCCAUGAUCGGCUGGGUGGAGAAAGAUCUUGCACCCUCUCUGGUUGAGUCUCUGCGCAGGUUCAAGGUUCUGAAGGAGAAGAGGAUGCCUCCGUGGACUGAGAUCGUUCUGGUUCCACAGACGGGUAAAGCCAGCUUGUACCCAGGCCUCUUCCUCUUCACCACACCGUGUCGCAUGAUGCGGCCUGUCCGCAAUCUCGCUCUGGGCAAACAGGAACUGAUUGGAACUUUUGAACAGCUGUACCUUAACGUAGGGAUAUUUGAAGAUGAGAUUGAGGAAGGUGUGACCACACACCAGGAGCUCUUCCCUCACAGCAUGCUGAGUGUGGUGGCCAGCUUUAUCCCCUUCUCCGACCAUAACCAGAGUCCCAGGAACAUGUACCAGUGCCAGAUGGGUAAACAGACUAUGGGUUUUCCUCUGCACUCCUACCAGGACCGCUCUGAUAAUAAGCUGUAUCGUCUACAGACCCCUCAGAGUCCUCUGGUUCGGCCGGUGAUGUAUGACCACUAUAACAUUGACAACUACCCCAUUGGCACCAAUGCUGUAGUGGCAGUGAUCUCGUAUACAGGCUAUGAUAUGGAGGAUGCCAUGAUUGUGAACAAGUCAUCUUGGGAGCGUGGCUUUGCCCAUGGCUCUGUCUAUAAGACUGAGGUAAUUGACCUAUCAGAGAAGGCCAAAGGUGAGGACAGCGUGGUGUUUGGAACUAAACCGGGUGACCCUAAAGUGGGAACCAAGCUGGACGUAGACGGACUCCCUGCUAUAGGAACAGUGCUGAAUUAUGGAGACCCGUAUUACAGCUAUGUCAACCUCAACACAGGCCAGAGCCACGUCAGCUUCUACAAGAGUCAGGAGACCUGUGUGGUGGACAACAUCAAAGUGUGCAGUAAUGAUACAGGCACAGGUCGCUUCAAGCGAGUUUGCAUUACAAUGCGAAUCCCGCGUAACCCCACGAUCGGAGACAAGUUUGCCAGCAGGCACGGUCAGAAGGGCAUUCUGAGCCGCCUGUGGCCGGCAGAGGACAUGCCGUUUACUGAGAGCGGCAUGACCCCCGAUAUCCUCUUCAACCCACACGGCUUCCCUUCUCGUAUGACCAUCGGUAUGCUGAUCGAGAGCAUGGCAGGGAAAUCGGCAGCCCUCCACGGCUUGUGCCAUGAUGCCACGCCCUUCACGUUCUCGGAGGAGAACUCCGCCCUGGAGCAUUUUGGUGAUAUGCUCAAAGCGGCGGGCUAUAAUUACUAUGGCACAGAGCGGCUCUACUCUGGUCUCAGUGGCAUGGAGCUGGAGGCGGACAUCUUCAUCGGCGUGGUUUACUACCAGCGGCUGCGUCACAUGGUCUCUGACAAGUUCCAGGUGAGAACCACUGGAGCGAGGGACAAAGUGACCAAUCAGCCGGUGGGAGGGAGGAACGUGCAGGGUGGAAUCCGUUUUGGAGAGAUGGAGCGAGACGCUCUGCUGGCCCACGGCUCCUCCUUCCUGCUACAUGACCGGCUAUUCAACUGCUCGGACCGCUCCGUGGCUCAGGUGUGCAUGGACUGUGGCAGUCUGCUGUCCCCCUUGCUGGAGAAGCCGCCGCCUCAUUGGUCAACCACACGGCAUCGCAAUACCAUCUGCAUGCUGUGCAAGAAGAGUGACUCUAUAGAGAAUGUGUCGGUUCCGUACGUAUUCCGCUACUUUGUGGCUGAACUGGCAGCAAUGAACAUCAAGAUCAAGCUAGAUGUGAAGUGAAUGUAAACUAAACUAAAAAAAAAAAAAAGAAUAUACAGUAUAAAUAUGUAUAGCUUAUGCUGGUUUCCCCCAAAAUCCUCCAUACUAAAUGACUUGCCUUGAAAGCUGAAAAAUCUGUUUCCAUGUAAAAAAAUAUUUUUAUAAUAUCAACGUUUGUAGGAGCCGUUUCUUUUUACCUUAUUCUAUGCAAAGUGCUGCUGGUGGUUGAAAGUCCACUCUUGAGCCCCUUGCUGUCAUUUCCACAGUAUUGUUUUGCAGAUCAUUCAACCUAAUGUUCUUCUGGCUGCUUUAUCAUUGACUUGUGUUUUGUCUCAGUUAUACCAUUAAAACCUAAAAUACAUUACUUAAAA